UAUCAUUAUAUUGUUUACAGGGUUACCAAAUAGCCUCAGAUAGCAAACGUAGUAGGAAGUGGUUGGGUUCGCAAUUUUAAAGAGAAUUAGAAAAAUAUAACCAUGGGUUGCUGUUCGUGCAUUACGAAGUAUUCGUUGUUCCUCAUUAACUUGGCUUUCGCUCUGGCCGCGAUAGCGCUCAUCACCAUAGGAGUGUUAGCACAUUUUACGGUGACGGAGGUGACAGAGUUGCUGCCAGUGGAUCUCACAUCCAUCACCAUAUCAGUGAUUGUGGUCGGCUGUGUGAUCUUCUUGAUAGCCUUCAGUGGCUGCUGCGGCGCCGUCGGCGAGUACAGGUGUCUACUUAUCCUUUACGCUGUGUUCCUGAUAGUAGCAGCCGCUGGAUUGACGUACAUAACCGUCGUGUUGUUUGGAAACAUUCGCGACCUGACCGACACAGUCACCGGCUGGGUGGAGACAGCCUUCGAGAACAACAAACCAGUCUCAAUCGACGAUCCUGGACUUUUCGUUGUAUUGGAACGAGCCUUCAAUUGCUGUGGUGUGAACGGCGCCGAAUCGUAUGACUACUUGCCCAUCAUCCCCGGUACUUGUUGUCCUAACCCGGUCAACAUGACCUGCUCAGCCUCCGAACCCAGCUCGAUCUACGUCGGCUGCAGCCAGCUCUUUGGUGACUUCCUCAUUGACAACGGGAGGUCUUUGGGCUUCGUACUCUGCGCUGUUAUAGCCCUUAUGGUGGUAGCGAUUGUUGCUGUACUGUUCCUGAAUCAUACGAUAACGAGAAAGAAUCGCGCCGGCAAACUUUAUUAUUAAAUAUACCAACCUAUCUAAAAAAUGUUUGAAUUAAACAUUGAUGUAUAAUAUGUUACUAUAGUAACAUCAAUUAAAUACAUCAUCAGUCCUAGUUAUAAGACAAAGCAGCAAUAUAAUAAUAUGUAUAUCUUUAUUGUAUUACCUGCAGUUGUACUGAUUUUCCCUUCAGGUUCGCAGGUCAGACUAUAGAAUCAUCAUCAUCACCAGCCCAUUAACGUCCCCACUGCUGGGGCAUAGGGAUUCCUAUGGAUGGAUAGGGAGAUCGGGCCUUAAACCACCACGCGGGCCCAGUGCGGAUUGGUGGUUAUUAACGACUGCUAAUGCAGCCGGGACCAACGGCUUAACGUGCCUUCCGAAGCAAUAAGACUAUAGAAUAAGGAAUAAAUACUAUGUUUAGCACGGCAACUCUACGCCGCUUAGGUAGCCGCUUCUAUAAAACACCAGACCUGUCAAGCCUUCAGGGGCGCCUGAAGAAUGUAAUAUACAAUCCUGACGACCCGAUUACACUAGCCAUAGAGGCGGCCAAUAAGCUCGCGACAGACAACACUUCAGGACCUCGAUACUGACCCCGUCAGCGUGGUCGCCGAUGUCCCUCAUUCAGCUCGUAUCGCUAUCGGCGAGGUUCGCUACAACUGGGCACCCUCGGACAAGAUGUCUUAAAUUUGGUACCGGGUGAGCCAGCGCCAACCCGCAGUGGAGCAGCGUGGUGGAGUAUGCUCCAUACCCCCUCCGGUUGAUUGAGGGGAGGCCUGUGCCCAGCAGUGGGACGUAUAUAGGAAGUUUAUAGUGAGCCAGCGCUACACAUUUGUCCGGCCAAGUAGUUACUGCCAUAUCGAGAAAAUCUACAAUAAGUCACGUCAAAAAAAAUACGUAAGCGGGUUCUGUGAAAAGAUAAAUAAUAAGUACCUAUUAUUUUCAAAACCAUAAUUAAUUGUAAUUAAAUCGAACCAUGACAAAUACAUUUUCUUUACACAAUAUGAUUUCAAUAACAUUAUUAUUAUUAUAUUGUAUUAUAUACAAAGCUAGGUAUAAUAGAUUCGUAAGGAACCUAAUAUAAUUUUAUAUUAAUAAAUGUUGAAUAUUUUUUGCAUUUUAUCGUUUAUUUUCUUUUUAUGUGGAGAGAGGAAGUGUAUCGGGAUCGAAGCAAAAUUAAACUCCAUAGUAUAGUCUCUGCUUACCCCAGUGGACAUACAUACAUACAUAAAUUCACGCCUAUUUCCCACCGGGGUAAGCAGAGACUAUAGAAUUCCAUUUGCUUCGAUCCUGACACACUUCUCUUGCUUCCUCCACAUUCAUCAAUCGCUUCAUACACGCACGCCGGUUCAUAGUAGAUCGUAUUGAACCUUUUCUAAGGACAUCUCCAAUCAACAACAAUAAACGUGGACAAUAGACGUGAAUUUAUGUAUGUAUGUAUGUAUGUUGUAUGUAUAUAUAUUGUUUGCAUUGCGCACUUACUUUUAUAUGCGCAAAUGUCAAAUUGCAAUAUUGCUUUCUUAGAUGAAUUGCUUAGAUGUGGCCAUUUUAGCCCCCCUGGUGAGUGAUAAAACAUUUAUGUACUUACAAAAAAUUGACGGUUAAAUUGUUGUAUUGA